AUGCUCAAGUCAAGCGUGUUUGCAGGUUGCACCGAGGUUGUUCAACUCUUGAUUGCCGACCCUCGCGUUGAUCCGACGGUCGGGAACAACAUCUGCGUCCGCUUGGCUUGUGAGUAUGGCCAUACCACCAUCGUCGAGCAGCUGCUGGCCAUCGAAGCUGUCGACCCGAUGCCGACCUCCUGGUUCGACUGGACCACCAUGCAUCGAUCGGCCGACAUUGUCCGCCUCCUUCUCCACCAUCCCAAGGUCGACCUCAGCUUCCACGACGGAUACACGCUCCGAUGGGCCGCUGAACACGGCCACGCCGACCUGGUCGCCGACAUCCUGACAGCCGGUCUCGACGCUGACAUCAACGAUGGCGCCGCCCGAGAGGCAGCUGCCGCCAACGGUCACGCCAACAUUGUUGCUCUCCUCGGAUGCAAAUGA